AGGAGGAGGCGGCUGAGGCCGAGGGUGCCGGCAGCACCGCGCACCACCGCGCAGCGCCCCGCAAAUCCGCGCAGGGCCGCGCAGCGCCGCGGCGGGAAGCAGGAAGCCCCGCCUCCCGGCGCAGGCGCUGUCACUCAGCGCGGUUGCUAUGGCAGCGGCGGCGGGCCCCGCCUCCCCCUCAACCUCCCGGUUUCCAUGGCAGCGGGGCGGCGCGGCCCGGCGGGAGCGGCCUGAGCCGUGAGGGAAGCGGGGCCUGUGAGGAUGGAGGGCGAGGAGCUGGACGGGGAGGAGUACAGCCUUCAGGAGGAGGGGGAGGAAGGAGAGGAGGAGGAGGAGGGGAAGAAGGCGCUGUCGGAGGAAGAAGAGGUGCCGGCCCCCUGUCCCCUGACGGAGGAGGCCCUGAAGGAGGGCCUCUCUCUCCUCUCGAAGACCGGCAACGGCCUGGCCCACGCCUAUGUGAAAUUUGAAGCCAAAUACAAGGACUUGACAGACAUCAGCCUCCUCGAAUCCUUCAUUCACCUGCGGUAUGUGGAUUUGUCAGAGAACAAGCUGCAAGAUUUGUCUCCUCUGAGGAGCCUAACCCACCUGCUUUGGCUGAAGGUGGAUAGGAAUCUGCUUACCAGUGCCUGCAUGCAGGAGCUACCCUACCUCCAGAUCAUCAGCUUUGCUCACAACCGUAUCAAGGAUAUGGAGGGCAUUACUCACCCCCGCUUAGCCAACCUCAACCUGAAAGGAAAUAAAAUCCAGACAGCGCUGGGCCUGAGUCACGGCCAGUUGUUCAGCCUGCAAAUCCUGGAGCUGCGAGAAAACAGGCUAGAAAGCACAGCAGGGCUCAGUCUUCCCAAGCUCAAGAACCUCUACCUGGCCCAGAAUGCCAUUCGGAGCCUUGAAGGCCUUGAGGGGCUAGGACAGCUGACAACUCUGCACCUGCGUGACAACCAGCUUGAGACCCUGGAUGGAUUCUGUAGUAGCAUGAAGUGCCUGCAGUACCUCAAUCUACGGAGCAAUGGGAUCAGUAGCCUUCAGGAGGUGGCAAAACUGCAGGUCCUCCCCAUGCUGCAGGCACUGGUGCUGUUGGACAAUCCGUGCUCUGAUGAACCCAAUUACCGGCUGGAGGUCCUGGUCCUGCUGCCACACCUGCAACGCCUCGACAAGGAAUUAGUUGAGCAAGAUGAGCGGGCAGAGGCAAAUGAAAUCCGUCAGAAAAGGCAGGAAGAAAAGGAAACAGUAGGAUUUCUCCAGGCUGAUGCAACUGAGUGACCGCCGGUUUUAAUACCUGUUCCCAGAACCAGUCAGGAUUUGGAGAUGCCUUCCUUCCCUCACAAGUGCAGCUGGAGAAGUGAGAACUGCAGGUAUCGGAGCUACCUUCACCUCAUUUUACCCCUGGAGAAAAGAGGAGGGCUACCCACCCUGGUCCUGGAAGUUGCCCUGAGGUACUGCAGUGUUUUUGCAGUCACUGCACUCAUACGCUCUAUUCUCAGUAGGCCCAAGAGGGAAAAGGGGAAAGGGGAGAGUUACAGGUUCUGCGGUUCGAUUUAUGGCUCCCCAAAACCCUACAAGAAUUUCUGAUUUGAAUAAAAAUAAUUAAUGAGCCUGGAGUGAGUGGAAUUGUUUAUCCUGCACACCCACUCCUAUUCCCUGGCU